GCAAUUAGAUGUGAUCCUAAUGAUGAUGACGCUAUUUGGGAUAGAAGUAUUCUUUAUGGAGAGAUAGGAGAAUACAAAAAAGCUUUGGACGGAUUUAAAGGGUUAUUACAAGAAAUGCCAUACGAUAUGAAUAUAGUGAGAGAAAUUACAAGAAUUCAAGUUCAAAUAAAUGAAAUUCCUCAAGCCAUUGAACUCUAUCUCGAUGCAUUUAGAUAUUAUAGGAGUAGACCGUUAUCAGAAGAUCCUGUUUCUGAAGGAGGAUUUGGAUACUCUGAAAUCAAUAUUAUGGCUGAAUUAUAUAUGCUUGCAAAUGAUUUUAAUAGCGCCAUUUAUUUUAUCAAACGGGGCGUUAGAUGGUUACAAGGAAGAGAAAAUGAAAUUUGGUGGGAUACAGUUGCCGAUGAUAGAGAAUAUGAUGAAGACGAAAAUUUGAAUAGAAGAGAUAAUUCCAUAUUAUCUGCCCGGCUAAAUGGUGUUGUGAACACUGGCGGUACCAAUGCUCCGUUAUCCUUGGAACUGAGAGUUAAACUUGGUCAAUGUAGAAUUGAACUUGAACAACUUGAAGAAGGAAAAUUGCAUUUCACAUAUCUUGAAUUUUUUGACGUUGGGAGCUACGUUGACUUGUACUACGAGGUUGCGGAAACUUAUGCUGAAAAAGGACUAUUUGAAGAUGCAUUGGCAAUAUAUGAAAUCAUUAUAUCAAAUGAAUCGACGGAUAGCCCAAAUGCAUGGCUACGAAUGGGGGUCUGUCAUCGGGAACUUGGAAAUCUAGAAAGCGCCAUCGAAUUUUUUAACAUAGCUGUAGAGGAAAUGCCGGAUGAUCUGGAUGCCAAAAUGGCACUUGCUGAAACGUAUGAGGCUUUGGGUGAAAAUUCUAAGGCUUUGGAAAUGGUGAAUUCAGUCCUUGAGAUUCGGAAAAAACAACGAGCAAUUAAUGAGUCGAAAUCGACCCAUGAAAUCUCUCCUUCAAUGAAUUCGUAUGCGAAGGAUUAUUCUGAACAUCCUACAACAAUGGCAUUAGACUAUGAUAGUUCUUUAAUAAAUCAGAUGUCCGAGUCUUCCAAGGCUAGUGCUUACGCAAGAGCUCAAGAAGAGCGCAAAAGAAAGAUAGCUGAAAAGGAAAAGGAAAUGCAAAUUCAAUAUCAUAGGCUUGAACUUCUAUAUUCUAGAUAUAGGGAUGGAGAUCAACAGUCAGCUCAGGAAUUUUUAGAAGCUGCAAGAAUUAUAUUUUUAGAAUUUAAAAAUCAUAGGCCAUUUUAUCCUCGAGAUAAGAUGGUACCCUAUAAAGGUUUCGACCGAAGAAGAUGUUGGCGUCGGCAGGUGGCUUUAAAGUCUGAGAUAGCAGAUGAUGGUGAUGAUGCAGCUCUUGAAGAACAAGCGACAACUAUGGCCAAAAGGUUGCAAUGGCAAAUUGAUGGGGAAAUUGGAGAAAUAGAAGCUGAAAUACGCAAAAGAAUGGUUGAGUUUCAAGGAUUAAAAUUCGACCAGUGGUACGAAUUCUUUAUCCAGUAUGUAUUUAUGGCAACGAAAAAUGGAUUCGAACAAGAAGCCUUCGAUGUACUUAGAGUUGUUUCUAGAGCAAACGUUUUUUAUCAUAACGAACGUCAAAAAACGGGUUUCAAAUUGCUUUUAUUAGCAUGGGGUUUACACACCAGAAACUAUCUUGUGGUAUGUGAAAGUUCACGAUGGCUGUGUAACAACAAGUCGUUUAAUAAUAAAGUCUAUAAUUUAUAUAAUGCCGGGAUGUCUAGUGGCUCCAACGCUUUAUCAUGUUAUGCAGCAGCCAAUUCUCAAAAGUAUUUUCUUCGUCAAGUUAAAUUAAUGGACACUGGCGGAUAUGAUCUAAGGCCAGGUGGUAAAAAGUGCGAAGUCCCAAAUAAGAAAAAUGAUGCUUUAUUGGCUCUUUACGGUCAUAUACUAGCAUGUGCUAGAAGCUACAUGGGUGCAAUUGGGUAUUAUGCCCGUGCAUAUGCCAGCAAACCAGAGGAUCCCGUGAUCAGUUUAGCGAUAGGGCUAUCUUAUCUACAUCGAGCCAUGCAACGGCAGACGGAUAACAGGCAUUUACAAAUUGUUCAGGGAUUUACAUUCUUAUAUAAUUAUGCCGAAAUAAGAGCACAUAAUCAAGAAGCUGAAUAUAAUCUUGGCAGAGCUUUUCAUCAUAUAGGCUUAACUCAUUUGGCAAUACCCCAUUAUGAAAAUGCUCUUAAAUUACCUUCUUUAUUGCAAGUUCUUAAACGGAAAACAGAAGAGGAAGAAGAUGAUCAAACAGAUCUUAAAAAGGAAACAGCAUAUAAUUUGUCACUUAUAUAUAAUGAGAGCGGAUCUCCUGGAUUGGCUGCAUUAUUAUUAAAAAAAUAUUGUACAUUAUAA